AUGAUCUCGCCACCAGAUCUCGACCCAUAUGUGGUGCUGGGGGUUUCCAAGGAUGCCACCGUCACUGAAAUCCGGGCGGCCCAUCGCAAACGAGUACUGAAGUGCCAUCCCGAUAAGGUGCAAGAUGAAUCACAACGAAUUGCCGCUCAAGAUGAAUUCCAGCGAGUGCAGCAAGCCUACGAAACUCUAUCCGAUGAGACCCGCCGCGCCCGCUACGAUCAGAAGGCCAAGCUUGCAGAGCUAAAGCGUGAACUGCUCGAGAAGCGAAGACGAACCGCAGAGUCAACACCGUAUUCUUCUCCGCGAGGAAGUGGGAGUGGAGGUCCUCGUGAAGUGCGAGAAGGUCGUGUCUUUGAGGAACGAGUCCCCGUGGACAUCAUCUUGGAUGAGGAAUUGCGAUUCACGGAGGAGCCCCGUUCAAUGUCUCGCAAAUACGACGAAUUUGGCAUGCGAUCCAAGCCCAAGCCCACCGAUGACAGGAAGAAAGCUCGCACCCCAGUCAGCAGUUAUCGAGCCGCCAAGGACCUGCGGGAGACGACGAAGGCAAAGCUGGCCGACCAGGCCAAGCAACGGGACCGCGAGCGCCGUCGGCAGGCCUCUGCCAAGUAUGACAACUAUGACUCGUUUGCCGAAUCCGACAGCGGUUCAGACUCGAGUGGCUCCGAGAUCUACGUGCGUCUCAAGAAGCCGACCUACCGAUCCCGCGAGUCCCGCGAUUCUCGUGAACCGCGGGAAUCCAGGGAAUCGCGAUCCCGGCCAACGGAAUCUGUCCGGCGUCGUGGUCGUUCCUACGAUGACGACGACGAUGAUGAUGAAGACGAGCUUCCUGGUCGAUACAGCAGUCGCAAGCAUGAUAGCUGGCAGCAUCUGGCCGAGGAGCACAUUCAACGCUCCAAGCAUGAAGGCCCACGGGGGUCUCGGUCCCCACCGCGACGCCGUGGUUACGAGUCAGCCGAACCAGAGAUGAACACCAGUCGGCGCGCGGCUCGGUCCUCCCGCUCAACCCGGAACCAGUCGACCUCCCGCAACAACUCCUACGAGCACCUGGAAUUCCCACGACGGGAACGUGAAGAAUUCAAGCCUCCCAAGAUGCCUAGUUCCUCUACUUCACCCGCCUACAAAUCUUCUAUCCGCCCCUCCUUGUUUGGAGCGCGUGCCACUACCUCGACCGGCUUCACUCGUCCCAAACGGGAGAGUUCUAGCCGCGAAGAGCCUUCCCUAGAGAAGAUGGCCCGCGAGUCCAUCCCCGCCCGGCCUUCCAGACGCUAUGACUCCGGCUACUCCAGUCCCAGUACCCCCGAGAUGCCCGCCAGGGGCACCUCCCCCAAGCCGACCGCCCGCUACAAGAUUGUACCUGAUUCAGUCAUCAUUGAGCCCUCAAAGGCCACCAAGUACCGCUCGGUAUCCCCCGAGCGGGCUCGUAUGACCCCUAGACGAGCCAGCACAUUUGCCAACUUUGACACAGAAGCGCCACGCAUAGAGGUCCGCUCUGUGCGGCCUGUGCGGCAGUACGAUGAUGUCGAGUACACCUCUCGCCUCCGGUCCCAGGACGUCAAGUACGCCCGCGAGAUUCGACCCAACGACGUCCACGUUUCGCCGGGUCGAUCUCACUACUACAAUGACCACCGCCAUCCCCAAGUGGGAAGACGUCAGUCGACAGCUGCAUGA